AUUACAUACAUCGGUUUUUAGUCAUAACAAAGUUAUAAAUUGAAUAUAAUACUGCCUAAUAAGUUAAUAAAGCUGUAAACAACACAGAAUUUAUGCUAAUUUUUUUUUAGUGUUGACCGAAAAAUUCGCAAAAAUGGAUAACUCUGCUAUACCAAGUAAUAAAUAUGUAUAUAAGUACACCUCCAGAAUUAUAACCCCUAGAGAACAAAGGCAUGUCUAUUAGUUCUAAAAAAUAUUCUAUUUUGCAAUUUAUAUGCAUUAGAAGUGUCGCCAGAUGAAUGCUUCGUAAUAAUGUCCCACUACGUCAUGGAGAACUAUACAUAUAUAAAUGUAUAAUACUCUACUUAUAAAUACAUACUAUGAUGUGACAAUAUGAAAGUUGUCAAGGAAGGGAAAAUAAUCUGGAAGAACAGCUGAUAUUAAACAGCUACACUAUUCUUUCUCUAUUAGUUUAAUUUCUCCCAUUAAAUUAAUUAUGUGUAACUAUCUAUUGCGAUUUAAGAAAACAACAUUUAAUUAAACUUGAAUAUCACUGUUUAAAAUGAACUAAAAUUUUUCUUCCAAAAUAUUAACUUUUAUGGAGUAAACAAAAAAUGAAAAUAAAUUACACACAGUUGCCUAUAAAGGCACAUUAUUUUUUCUUCAUGGCAGCAAUGGGACCAAUUCUUCCAUUUUUACCAGUUUAUGGUAAACAACUUGGUAUUUCUGUAGUGGUCAUGGGUAGCAUCACAGCUAUUUUACCAAUUGUAUUCCUAAUUGCUAAACCAGCUUUCGGCUUUCUUGUAGAUUGUUUUCAUGCUUGGAGGAAAACAAUUUUUAUAGCAUUACUAGCAACAACAAGUAGUUGCUAUAUUUGUAUGUGUUUCUUACCAGUACUUCCAAGUCCAAUUUUACCAGACCACAAUUUUAAUAAUAUAUCUUGUACUUCGAUACCUCAAUGUUCUCCAGAGGAUAUCUCAAGACCACGUUUGUGUACUGGAAUAAAAAAUGCCAUGUGCCAAUGGACUUGCAUGGAUAGAAAUUUUUUUGUGCCAGUACAGUUUCAAGGAGUCAACAAAGAAAUUGAUUUUUCUUCAAAUACGACGUGUAUAAUCGAUGCCAAUAUGACAUCGUAUUGUUCUGAAAACUCUAACUGUGAUAUUACCUGUGGUACUUUUGAAGAACAUAAUUGUUUAUACGGGUCCAUAACUUUUUGGGGGUUUAUCCUUUUAAUGUCUCUUGGUAAUAUUGGUUUCAAUGUAAGCAAUUGUAUAAGCGACGCAAUUUGUUUUGAUAUAUUAGGUGACGAUAACCAAAUGGGAUACGGUAGACAACGUGUUUGGGGAACUAUAGGUUUUGGAAUUUCCGCUUUCUUAGCUGGUUAUGCGGUUGACUAUUGGUCUAACGGAGAAAUUAUAAAAACUUACACACCUGCGUUUUUACUUGUGUUUUUAUUUUCAUUCAUUGAUAUAUUUUGUUGCAAGAAACUGGAUUUACCAAUGAUGGGAGGAUCAGCAGAUAUAUUGAAAGAUGUCUUUCAAUUAUUAAAAUUAAAACCUAUCAUUAUAUUUCUUAUCUUUGCAACUGUUGCUGGAAUUCUUGACAGCUUCAUAAUAUAUUUUUUAUUUUGGUACUUAGAAGAUCUUGCAAGGGCGACUGGUUACAUGGGGGAAAUUAAAUUAAUAGAAGGUUUAAUAGUUGCUGCAGAAACAUUAGGCGGCGAAGUAAUAUUCUUUUCCAUGUCUGGUAAAAUUUUAAAGAAACUAGGAUUUGGAUACACUUUUACAUUUUGUUUCGUAUGCUAUGCUCUGCGAUUUGGUUUAAUUUCUUUGGUAUCAACUCCAUGGUGGGUCAUUCCAAUUGAAUUAUUUAUGCAAGGACCUACCUAUGCACUUUGUUAUACAACGAUAGUUGCGUAUGCAAGUAAAGUCGCACCACCUGGAACAUCAGCUACCGUUCAAGGAAUAGUAGCUGGGAUGGAUGAUGGUUUUGGUUUUGCAAUUGGUAGUCUAAUAAGUGGUAUUUUAUAUAAGCAAUUUGGUGGAGUAAUAACGUUACGGAUAUAUUCAUUGAUUGCCGUUAUAACUGCAUUCUUAUACCUCAUUUUGUACUUGCUUUAUUUAAAGCAUACCACACCAGGUAUAACCAUCUCAGUCUUCAUUUUAUCUUCAAUAUGUCUGUUAUUAAAAGUUUUGCUUAUUACGUGUAGAUACGAAAAAGAACGUAGAAUGGAAGACGCCUGAAGAAGCUCAAAUACAAUGCGCUACCGCGGAUAGCUGAUUAUAAUUCAAAUCAAUUUAUUUCCAUUGGAAAUAUUGUUACCAGUACUGUAGUGAUUACUAUUGGUACAAAUCAUUAAUCAAAAUAUAUUGUUAUAUAAAUAAUUGUAAUAUUAAAUGGACAGUGUUAUGCAUAACACUCUAUCUAUAUUUUUAUAAUGAUCUACUGAUGAAAUAAAAUACGAGAUUUUUUCUAACACGAAUAAGAUGAAAAAUAUGAAACAAACGUGUAAUGUAAAGUUAAUGUUUUUUUUUUUAAUCUUAUUAUAUUGAUUAUACAAAACAUUCGUAGUACCGUAUAUUCAUAUAGAUUGUGAUAUUUUAUAACGAGGAAUAUUAGUUAUAGUUUAAGACAUCACUAAUGUAAUAAUUGUUAACACUUUAUUAUAUUAACAAAUGUUUUUAACGAUUAUUAUAAAAUUUAAGAAUUAUAACCCGAUUUAUUUCGUACUAAAUCGUACUAUUUAGUAAAAAAAAAAAAACCGAAGUUUUAUUUAACUGUGUAAGUCACCUUUCCGAACAUUUUAAAGACAAACAUUUGCAAUACACAAAAAUAAA